AUGUCUGGAGUAAAAUUCCUCUUCACUGGAAAUACAGCACAUAAGUGUAAGGAAUCCAUAAAAAGCUUCAACCAAGACAAGAGAUUCUUCUGUGCUAUUGUUUCUUCCCACACUCCUUCUACAGGUGUCAGCCAUGUAGAUGCGGACACUGUUGUGUUCUAUGAUAUUGAUUUAGAUCCACUGUCAGAUAAAAAGGCUAAAGAGUGGUGUGAUAGAAUUGCAAGAGGCAGAGAUAUUCACAUAUACAGGCUUGUAAGUGGUAAUUCUGUAGAAGAGAGGCUGUUGAAAAAUGGUAUUAAACAUCUGAUUCAAGACGUGGCUACUCAGGGAGAUGAUUGUUCAGUAGAAUUUUUAACUCAGGUUCUUUGUACUGAGUGUGGAAAAGAGGAUUCCAAAAAGUUUACAGAAGAGACACGAUCUGACGUAAGAGAUGACAUAGAUUCAGAGUUGUAUAAUUCAAGAAAUACCACGGCUCCUUCGCAGUUAGAAGAGCUGGCUAGCUUUGUGGAUCAGCUUACACCAAUUGAAAAAUAUGCAUUGAAUUUCUUGGAAUCGUCUCAUACUAUGAAUGAUCAAAAAAGCAAGAAAGUCAGCAAGGAGUUAAAAACUGCAAACAUAAAAUGGGAAUACCAGCAUGCCGAGGAGCUGAAAAAGGCAAAAGAAAAAACUCAGCAGGCAGUGAAAGAAGAACUCUUAACCUAUACCAGACAGGAUGCUUACAACAUGGAAUUCGUCUGUGAAAGACCAGAUGGACAAGUAGAAGUUAUGCCUAUUUGGACUCCCCCUGUCGUACCUGAGAAUCACAAUGAUGUCUACACUGAUUCUGUUAUGUGUCUGAUGUACAGUAGUACCCCAAUACCAGAGUCUAAGCUUCCACCUCCGUUUGUCAGGAAGGCACGUAAGCGGCAGAGAACAGAUCUGCCUUCUCCAGGUGAAAGAAAGAAACAUUGCCGUAGAAGGAUUCCUCCACCUUCACUUUUUGAUCAAGUGACUCCAAGAACAUUGAAAACACGACAAAAGAGCAAAGCCCAGAAGGCCCACCUCUUUGUAAAACAGCAAGUGUAUUUUGCAAGACCUUUGUCAGCUCACAUCAAGUCAGCUGCUGGCACUUGGCAAGAUAGUCCUGCAUGGCUAAUUAGUGAAGAUGUGGCACUGUUAAAAGCGGUGAAACAGUUACUGGCACUUCCUUUAAACCUUGCUAUCCUGUCGCCAGCACAGACAGUGAACUGGGACUUUGUCAGCGAUGUUGUUAACUCUUGUAACUAUGUUUAUCGCUCCCCAGAACAAUGCCAAAAUCAUUACAUAAAAACAUUUGUAGGUGCAGAAGGAAAGGAGGGCAUUUGUGACUACUUUGGUACCUGUGUCUUCAAUUUCUACUUGUUCCAGAACAUAAAUGGUUAUCCUCUUCGUGUUAGACAAGCCUAUUCUAAAGACAAGAAUUCUGAGCAUAAUCAAAUCUAUAUGAACCAUUUUGAGCUGAUGACAAUGACUGCUAGAAAAAGAAGUUUCUCAAACAGGUUUCUUGUAGGCAACUAUGACAAGCUAUUUAUGUCUGAAGUUGUUUCCAGCUCUGCAGAGCCUAUGACGACAAUGGAAAAGGCAUUGACUGAAGAUGUAGUAGCUCCACAGCUGCAGGAGUGGCAGCCUCCUCAGAAGCAAGAUGAGGGACAAACAGUGGAGCAAGUCCAAACUCAGCAUCAACCACAAUGGGGAACACAGGCCUCAGGAAGUAUGCUCACUCCAGCCACAGCUACAUUGCAGCAGAUGUCCACAGUACCUGCUGUUGCAGCACAGCCGAACCCGUAACUCCCUGUCAGUUUUUUCAAGCAGAAGCACUCGACAGCAUGCGUUGUGACUCUCAGUCUGAUGGCAACUGUAUACAUGCAGAUACUUUAGAUGAUUCAGUUUAUGUUAGGUAAUCUUUUACUUUACAUU